CCUAAGCACAGGAGUAUGCGUUUAGCUUGUAUCUCAGUUCACGGAGAUUUGAAUAUGAAAUAGCGAGGAAAAAUCACUUUUUACCCUUCAGCCUUGUAGUGUUGUGUGAGGGGAAUGAGGUAAUGGACCACAUAUUAGCCUCCUGGGUUAGGAGUCUACAUAACUAGCCAGGUGAGCUGAGGCACAGCCUUUCAGUUCCAUGGGUCUCUGCUUCUUCUUCUGUCCAAAGAGCAGGGCCCGGAGACCUCUGAUUUCCUGUCUCAGGAAAAUGCACUGCCCCUACCAUGGAGAAAUGAUUUUGGAUAUUCAUAGAUUUUGCUAUACAAAGGAAGAGAAGCAUUUACUAUUGCUGUUGCUUCAUUUAGAAAGUCAUUUGGGGCUAGAGAAAUGGUUCAGCUCUUAAAGGCCAAGGCUCGCAUCUAACAAAGGCUUUAACUUAGUUUAAAAUUUCAAAAUUUUAUUACAUUUUAAUAAAUUAAUCUGUCUCUGUCUCUCUGUCUCCCUGUCUCUGUCUCUCUGUCUCUGUCUCUGUCUCUCUCUCUCUCUCUGUGAGUGUGUGUGUGUGUGUGUGUGUGUGCACGCGCUCACGUGUCAUGAAAGCAUGUGGCAGCAAGGGAAAAGCUUGGAGGCACCUGUUUUUGUCCUUGUACUGUAUAAGACAAGGGGCGUCAGACUCAGGUCUCAAAGCAAGUACCGUUAUACACAGAACCAUUUAGCUGGCUCCUACGUAAAAUUUAAUUUAAAAAACAUCUAAUAAGAAAUUGUUCUAUUUUAGUUUUACUCUAAGAAGGCCAUAUUGUUUAUAUCUGGCGCUAAUGGGUUGAUCAGGUGCCGUUCAGGGCCUUUUCUAGCAGGAUGCAGACCACCAGCUUCUGCAGAUUGCAGCCGCAUAAGGACGAGCUGCAGUCCUCACAGGGCACAAGGUUGCAAGCUGUCCUAGAUGUAAAACGGGCAGGUGAGGCUGUCCUCUGGCACAUUGAUCACAAGUAAUCCCAUCUUACUUCUGGGUAGAGUUCUGCUCUUAAACUCCGUGAAGCGCUGCAGCACAUGCUACAAUUUGUGAGAUUUCCAUAAGAAAAUGGAUCCGGUGUGUGGUCACGGUGCGUUCUCACUGCGCAUGGGCGCCUGUUACUAAUACCGUCAAUAAGGCCAGAAGGCAGGGUGAGAAGAUGCUUUAGAGCUGCAGUGAGAGGAAACUGGGCCCUCAAUCUCCUGCUAUUUCCAAACUCAGCAACACUGCUCCAACUCUCGGAAGUUAAGGUUUCUCCUCACUGCAGUGAGGCUGCCAGCGCUUUCCUCGGAAGGUUCCUGUGAAGAUUAAACAGGAUAAGAUGUGUGAAGUCUGGAGCCAAGCGGUAGGCCCACAGACAGCACUCAGCUAUUGGACAGCGUUUUUACUAUUGAAGUUAUUAACUUUACCUUCCUUGGUCAGUUGCUCUGUAGGCAAAGGUAGUCUCUAGUAUGUCAUUAGCAAGGAAAUUAAAUGCAGUGGAAACCUAUGAACACCCUCAUGGUGUGGACUAAUGGAGUUCUGACAGACUUUCACUGUGUGCUGUUGUGUUAUUUUGAAGAAGGGACAGACAAGACCUAGAAGAGACGUCAGGGCUCACCCAGUCCACUUUCCAUCAGUACUGACUGACAUCUGGGUAUGAUUGUAGGAGGCAGGGGUGCAGUCAUGGGAAUACCCUUACCUCACAAGGCAGAGCAUUUCUUUGUCAUGAACAGAAGUUUCCUUCCCUCUGUUUUUCCUUGCUAUUUCCACCUAAGGCAGCAAAAACAGGGCCUUCUCUUACAUCAGGCAUGCUGGCACAUUACCUAGAUAGAAUCUCCAAGGUUUUCAAGAGCCAGACAGGAAAUAGACAAACAAACAGCAACACAGGACAAUGUUCUCAAAAUAAGAAAAGAAAUGGAAAAUUGAAAUUCAUUGCCACUUAAAGGCUUGUCUACAGAUGUUGGACUAUGCCAGUGAUCGAUAAGUCGUGUGAGUAGCUAGGUACACUUUUUGUUUUCUGUGAAAGUGAGUAUAUUUAAUAUUUGAAUAUAAAAGGAGGGCAAAGCCUUUAACAGUGAGAAGUGGAAUUUCCUAAACUCCCAUGAAACAGAACAAGUGUGUUCUUCUCUUAUUGAAGGAGCCAAGACUGGAUCCCAGGGCAGUCCUCAGCUUUGGAGAAGGCCUGCUCUGAGUCCCAGCUUUCUAACCUACAGUCCGUGUCAUGGGCAGAGUUCUCUAGCAUCCUGUUUCUGGGUUGUUUUGUUAGUGUAGCAGGCAUACAUACACCUUGCCAUCAAGGCUGAGCUGGAUCUCAGGUUCACAAAUGAUGGAGAACUCCCAUAGAUUGUCCUCUGACCUCCACAGGGACACCAAUGCAUCACACACACCACACACCACACCCACAUUACACACAUACACACACACCCCACAUACACACACACCCCACAUACACACACUACACACACACACACACACACCACACACAUACACACCACACACACACCACAUACACACCACACACACACCACAUACACACCACACACACAUCACAUACACACCACACCCACUGCACACAUACACACACACCACAUACAUGCACCCCACAUACACAUACCACACACACCACACACACACACACACACACACCACACAUCACAUAUAUACCAUACCCACCGCACACCAUACACACACACCCCCCACACACGCCCCACAUACACAUACCAUAUACACACACACCCCACAUACACAUAUCACACACACCACACACACCACACAUCACAUACACAUACCACAUACACCACAUACACAUACACCACACACACCACACACACACAUACACACCACACACACAUCACAUACACACCACACCCACCGCACACAUACACACACACACACCAUACACACACAUAUCACAUACACACCACCAACACCACACACACACACACACUCACACACACACACACACCACAUACAUGCACCCCACAUACACAUACCACACACACCACUUACACACACACCCCACAUAUACAUACCACACAAACCACAUACACACACAACACACACAGAUACACCCCACAUACACAUACCACACACACCACUUACACACACACCCCACAUAUACAUACCACACAAACCACAUACACACACAACACACACAGAUACACCCCACAUACACAUACCACACACACCACUUACACACACACCCCACAUAUACAUACCACACAAACCACAUACACACACAACACACACAGAUACACCCCACAUACACAUACCACACACACCAUAUACACACACAACACAUACACACACAACACACACACCCCACAUAUACACACACCACACACACAUAUACAACACACACACAUACACACACACCACAUUGACAUAAAAUAAAAUAAAAUUGUUUCUACUUCUAGAAAUGACAGAAUAGUGGCAUAAACACAAUAUCAAGAUUAGUGCCAGGCAGUGCCACACACCUUUAAUGCCAGCACUCAGGAGGUAGAGGCAGGCAGAGCUCUGAGAGUUCAAUGCCAGCUUGAUCUAUAUACAGAGUUCCAGGAUGUCUGGGGCUACAUAGAGAGACCCCAGUGUCAACACAAACAAAUCAAAUCAAACGAUCAAAAGAUUAAUAGUGCUAAGAAUCAUCCCUGGCACUUAAGUGCAGAGUAGACAGUAACUAUGACGUCUACAUACGUCAUGACGGUUCACUCCUUCCUGCUCCUUACACUCUAGUGUAGUCUUGGGUUACUGGGGAAAGACAGAACAAUAAAUAACAUCACACACAUCUCCUGUUCAGGUUUACAGCCAAAUGAAAUGGGGGGUGGUGGAGUAAAGAAGUCAGGGCUGGAGGUGUAGCUUAAUUGGCAGUCUUUGUCUAGCAUUCCUGCCAGCUGAGUUUGAGCCCCAGAACCACAUAAAUCAAGUGUAGGGGUACAGGCAGGCCAGUAAUCCCAGCACUCAGGAGGAUCAGGAGUUCAAGGUCAUCCUGGCUAUAGGGAGCAUUUGAGCUCAACCUGGGGUACAUGAGACACUGUCCCAAAAAGGAAGAGACAGACAGACAGAGACAGAGAACAACUCUGGUCACUGAGACCAAGAACCAUAAGGAUGGGGAAGCAGAAGUGGGAUUUCCAUUUCAAAUAUUGCGUGUGGGGAAAGAUUCCUGUUUACUUUGAACUUCCACCUCCUGCGGUUUUCAUGCUUCAGAUUGCUUUCAGGUAGAGAGAGCAAAGCCGGAGAACGUUUGGUUUUAUUUUUUUUCUUCAUAAAUAGUUUUAAGGCAAGACAGUCUUUAUACGGUUUAAGCCACAGUCUAUUAAACUCAGAUUUCCUGGCAGCCUUUAUGGACCUUGAGGAGUUUAGAUUUUGAAGGUCCAGAAUGGUGACUGUGACUUUUCACAAUCUCUGACUCGGGCAGCAAAACGAAUGAGUUUCUUCUGUUUCCUGGCAGCCCACAGCUCUUUGUUUCCUGACAGUGUCCGCAGCCUCCCCUCCUGCUCCUGCCAUGCGUGUGGCCCUGUCCCCUCUACCUGGUGUGAAUUAAUACAGUCACUGGUUAGGCGAGCAGAUAAGGAAAUAAAUGAGCUCAAAGGAGAGAUGGUGGCUGGCUCAUGAGUUAUGUGACUCUCUUCACGUUGGUGACCUUCUGGGUGAAGUUGUGGAGGGCGUUGAAGUUAAGAAUGUGGCUUUAAAGCCGCGUGAGCCUUGUAGGAAGCCGUUCUUACUCACGGAGCAGGGUGUAACCCUCAUUCUCCGUUUCCUUCCCUUGUCCAAGAUGACUAAGUCUCUACCCUUUAGAGGAGUUGUUUUAAAGUUUUACUUAUUUUGAAUUUAAAGUUUUGAAGGGUGUCUAUUCAUUAUAGGUAGAACAGGUUUUCCACAGACAUUUUCACUCAAGGAUGCCAUCUGGUCUGGCAAUAUCCAUCCUUUAUUCCCUCCGUCCUCUCCUUGCCCUCAUCAGUUCACCUCUUUCUGGAUACAGUCUCACCUCUGUUUUCACUCCAUAUGUAUACAUGAUUUUUGUCCUGAGUGAGAGAAGUUAAGAUUUCCUUUCCACCACAUUUCAUACAUAGAAAUCCAGUUUUCCCAGAGUACCUUUCACUGAGGAAGCUGUCCCCGCCCCCACCCUAUUGAAUGUAUUGUGCAUGCUUGUCAAAAAAAAAAUAUAUAUAUAUAUGUAUAUAUAUAUAUGUGUGUGUGUGUGUGUGUGUGUGUGUGUGUGUGUGUGUGUCCGCAUAUAUAUAUAGUGUCCGCAGCUUUGUUUCUCGGUCCUCCGCCCCAUUCACCCGAGCUACCUGUCUGUGUUAGUUUGAUGCUAUUUGCCACCAGGAGGUCUCUGUGUACGAUUUGAGGUGAGGAUUACUAUUCCAUCAGAGGCCUUCCAGUUUGGGAAUUUUUCCCAUUGCUGAGAAGAAUGGUCAUUGGGAUUGUGGUGGGGAUGAUGUGGGACCUGUACAUGGUUUUUGGUAAAAUAGAUAUUUUCAUGUUACUCCUGCUGACCUAUGAGAAGCCGUUCUGCAUUAUGGUGUUUUCUUCUAUUUAAAAUGUUAAUUAUACGGGGUUGGGGAUUUAGCUCAGUGGUAGAGCGCUUGCCUAGCAAGCCCUGGGUUCGGUUCCCAGCUCCGAAAAAGAAAAUGUUAAUUAUAGAGCUUUUUUUUUUUUUUUUAACUUUCUUGGUAAGGGGUAAGGUUUACUCCUAGGUAUUUUAUCUUACUUUAUUUACUUAUACUUAUUUAUGUUUGUGAGGGCUUUGCGGGCUUGUCUGUAAGUGCACUGCUUGUGUGACUGGUGCCAAUGGAGGCUGGAAGAGGGUUGUAGAUCCUUUUGGACUAGAGUUAUAAAAGAUCAUGAACUACCAUGUGGGUGCUGGGGACAAAACCCAGGUCCUCUGUAAGAGCUACAAGGGCCUCUAACCAAUGAGCAUCUCUCUAGUCCCCUAUAUUAUUCUGUUUUUGUAAGAUGGGGUCUUAGUAUGUAGCUCUGGUUGUCCUGGAACUCACAGUGGUCUCAAGUUCACAGAGAUCUGCCUACCUCUGCCUUCCAAACGCUGGGCUUGAAGAUGUGUGCACCCACACCAGCAGUAUUUUAUGUUUUGCAGCUGUUGUGAGUGGAUUGUUUUCUUCAUUUCUUUCUCGUCGUGCUUGUUAUUGGCAUAUAAGAAAGCUAUGAGUUUUGUAUAUUGAUUUUGUAUCUAAGCAUCAACUCUGAGAGUUUUCAGAUUCAGUUUAUAGUCUGUCUUACAUACACAAUUAUGUCAUCUGCAAAUAGAAAUACUUUGAGUCUGCUUUCUAUUUAUAUCCCAUUUCUUUCUUUUUUUUCUAUUUGUGCUAAGAGUUCAGAAGUUAUGUUGAACAAGAAUGGAGUAAGUAGACGCCCCUGUCUAGUUCCUGACUUUAGUUGAAGGUUCUUUUUUAAAAGUUUCCUCCAUCUGUUAUAAUGUUGGUUGUGGGGUCGUUGUAUAUAAACUUUAUAUUGAAGUGUAUUCCUUCUUAAUAAGUUUUUUUUUGAAAGAGUCACAUGUAGCCCAUGCUAUUCUCAAAUUUGCUUUGUAGCCAAUGAUGACCUUGAACUACUGAUCCUCCUGUUACCUGAGUUCUGGGAUCAUAGACAUAGGUCUUCAUGCUGAAUUUAUGCAGUACUAGUGAUCAGACGCAGGGCUUCUGUGUAUGCUAGGAAGGUACUCUUAUCAAUUGAACACCUCCUUCCAUAGCCCCUAUACUGAAGUAUGUUCCUUCAAGCCCUAGUGUCAUCUCAUAUUUUUAUCAUAAAGUUAUGUUAAACCUCGUCACAGGCUCUUCCUGAGUCUACUAAAAUGAUUGGCUGAUUUUGUCCUUCACUCUCUGUCCCGCCAUGUCCUUGCCUAGCUCCAGGGCCUUGACCUCACCAAAGCAGUGAGGAAAUGAAGAACAGACAAACGCAGAUACACAGAAAAGCUGGGAUUGAGUGGUCUGGGCUCUCGGAUGGGGUAGCCUCAGCACCUGGAUGCUCAGCGUGUUUAUUAUGCAGAGUUGAGCAGGGAGGUGGGGUUAUUGUCUACGGCUGCACAAGGAGGAUGGUUCAGCUAAUCUCAGUGCUAGCAAGCUCUGGAAGGGAGUAGCCUUCUGGCUGUGAACAUCAGGUAGGGAGAAGGCUAUGGUGGGCAUUUUCUGAACACAUUGUCGACAUCCAUACUUGAAUCCCCAAGGAAGGUUUUACCAUUCUUGAGCCUCAUCCAGGGAAGGCUUUGGAGCCCUUAUGGAGCCCUUAACAUGGCCAGACCCAUAUUUACAGCACACAUUCACUCGGGGCUUCUUCCACUCCUCACAAUGAACUACACUCAGUUUUAGUCAAAAGUCCAGAGAAGCCAUUUAAUCUAUUUAUGCGAUCGAUUACAAUUAUUGAUUUGCCUAUGGCGAACCAUUCCCUGCUCCUGUCAAUGAAGCCAUUUUGAUCACAAUGCAAGCUCUUUUUUAUUACCGAAGUUGGUUUGCAUGCAGUUUGUUUGCUGUUAUUGUUGGUUUUGAUGCAGGGUUUUCCUAUAUUACCCUGGCUGACUGGCCUGGAAGGUUUGCAGCCAUUUUAUUGGUAAUUACUUUUGCACUAAUUUUCACCAGGAAGACUGGCCUUUCAUUAUUGCUGGUUUUGGUAUCAGGGUAAUCAACAUUGGGUCUAUACAAUGAGCAUGACAGUAUUUUUUUUCCAUUUACAGUUCAUGCAAUAACCCAAGGAACAUGGUGCUAGUUAUUAUUUUAAAGGUGUGGUGGAAUUUAGCAGUGAACACAUCUGGGCUCAAUUUAGCUGGAAGACUUUAAAAAAAAAUAUGGCUUCAAUUUGAUUGCUUGUUAUAAAUCUCCGUAGGUGGUUUAGAUUCUCUUGGUUUAAUUUUGGUAGGUCACUGUGUUUGGAAACCAAUGCAUUCUUUUAAGACUUUUAGUUCAGUGGAAUGUAUGUCUUUUAAGUAAUGUCAUAAUGAUUUUCUGAAUGCCAUUUGUAGCUGUUGUAAUGUCUCUUUUCAUCUCUAACUUCGUGUACUUGGCUUUUUUUCUCUCCCUUUCGGUUAGUUUGACCAAGAGUUUACUGAUUUUGUUUAUGUUUCCGUGGAUUCUUUGUACUGGUCAUUUUGAUGCUAUUUCACUAUUUCAUUACUUUCUACCCUAAUGUCUAAAGCUUCCAUAUGUUGUUUUGGGUUUUUUUUGCUCUUGUUUUUCUAAGACCUUGGGGCACUUUAUUAAGUUAUUACUUGUGCUUUCUUUGAAUUUUUAAAUGUAGGCCUUUGCAUACCUAUGUGCUUCCUCUUAUAACUACAUUCAUAAUAUUCUGCAGGUUUCAAUAUAGUGUAUUUUCAUUUUCAUUCCAUUUCAUUUGAGGAAUUUGCUAACUUUCCUUCCAACUUCUCUGAUGACCAAUUUACACUCAGUGCUGAUGAAUUCAUCUCUUAGUCAUUCAUUUUCUCUGAGUUUGCAUCUUUCAGGAUAGUCCUUUUUGAUACUGAAUGAGGAAGUUCAUUGCAAGUGUUUGGCAAAAUGCCUGAUUCCUAGUGAACUGUAGCUAUUGUUUCCAUGGGAAAACAACUAAAUACCUUGCCAAUGAAGAAAUGUUAAACUUUUCCAAGAGUUUUGUGUCUCUGAAAGUCUAAGUAGAGUAUGAAUAAACAUUAUCAAUGUUACUAGAUUGUUGUAGUACUCAUUAGUCCCUCUGGACAAAACUGAGAAUAUAUUCAGUAUAAACCUUCCAGUGAAUGAAAAAAGAAAGAAAAAGAGGACACGACAGUUCCUAGAUUUGGUGAAGAAGGUUAAUUGUAGGUAUGAUGGAGAGCAAAGCCUUAGGUAGAGACAUCUGAGAGUCCAGGGUGAACAUGAUCCUGAACUGGACCGUGUGAGAAGAGGGAAGAGGGUCGAGCCAAGAGACCAGCAGAGCAAGAGGCCAGGAGGUAAAAGGGUAAAAAACGACUGGUGUAGCCCAGAUGGCUGGAUUGUAUAGGGGGAACCUCUGGGGGAAGAGAAGCCCAGGUCCUGGGAUGGAGAGUUUAGUGUAGGGGUUGGGUAUGUCAGCCAUGCCCUGUAGCAGGUAGGGUCUGAGGGAUGCUGAAAGAACCUGGUGGCCAGGUCUGUUUGAUAUGUUAAAUGGGCACCUCAGCCUUUUGUCCUGGGUUUGAGACCUAACAGGGAGUGGGGUUUAUUAUUUAUGUGAAAGAACAUCACCCUGAGACUGGUUUGUAUGUAUUCAGUGUCUUGUUGGUCUUAUAAUUAUUGUGGAGCAUAUGGAGAUGACUUAGUAGAAAAACGGGUCACUGAUGUGAUGAGUUUUUUUUUUCCUUGAUUUGGAGUUAAAAACAUUGUUAACUAUUGUCUACUUCCUCCCCUUUGUAUGCGU